AUGCUGUUCCAAGCUGCCGGUCUCCUGGCCGCGGCCAGCGUCGCCCUCGCCAGCAAGUGCCAGCCCCAUGGCACCAAGACGGGAUGGGAGACUCGCUACACGGCCACGGGCACCAAGGAGGUUGCCGCCGCCGCCGCCACGGCCAAGACGAGCAGCCCGACCAGCCACGUCAAGGGCAAGGCGUUCGACCGCUUCGUCGUCAUAUACUUUGAGAACGAAAACUACGACAAGUCGUAUGGUGACCCCAACUUCAAGUGGUUCACCAAGAAGGGCAUCACCCUGUCCAACUACUUCGCCGUCACCCACCCGUCUCAGCCCAACUACAUGGCCUCCAUUGCCGGCGACUACUUUGGCAUGCAAAACGACGACUUUGACCGCUCGCCGCGCAACGUGUCGACCGUCAUCGACCUGCUCGAGACCAAGGGCAUCUCGUGGGGUCAUUACCAGGAGGACAUGCCCUACUCGGGUUUCGAGGGCCAGGGCUUCCGCAACCAAAAGAACGGCGCCAACGACUAUGUGCGCAAGCACAACCCCGCUGUGAUGCACGACAGCGUCGCGCACUCGGAGCACCGCCUGUCGCAGAUCAAGAACCUGUCCAUGAUCGACACGUCGCGCUCCAUGUUCCACAAGGACCUCAAGGCCAACAAGCUGCCCCAGUGGAUGUUCAUCACCCCCAACAUGACGUCCGACGGCCACGACACCGACGUCACCACGGCCGGCGCCUGGUGCCGCAAGUUCCUCGAACCCCUCCUCGACGACCGCAACUUCAUGCAGAACACGCUCGUCCUCGUCACCUGGGACGAGAACGAGAGCUACGCCGCCCGCAACAACAUCCUCGGCAUCCUCCUCGGCGACGCCGUCCCCAAGCACCUCGUCGGCACCGAGGACAAGAACUUCUACAACCACUACUCGGAGAUCGCCACCGUCUCCGCUAACUGGGACCUGCCCACGCUCGGCCGCUGGGACGUCGGCGCCAACGUCUACGACUGGGUCGCCGCCAAGACGGGCGACAAGCUGCGCAAGUGGUCGUCGGAGCAGGAGCUCCAAGGCAUGUACUACAACUACUCGUACGCCGGCUUCUUCAACGAGAAGGGCGGCAACAAGCGCUUCCCCGCGCCCAACCUGAAGCUCGACAAGAGCUUCCACGGCCGCCCCAUCCUCAAGUCCAUCAAGGAGACCUGGGCCAACAGCAAGGCGCCGACCUACUACGAGGACACCAUCGAGGUCCCCGACGGCAUCCACCCUCCCAAGGGCUACGAGCCCAAGUAA